GUCACUUGUUUGUCGAUUGCGAAAAGGUCCGUUCCUCUUGGGGAAAAUAUUGUGUUUAACAUCUACAAGAAGUUGAGAAAGUCUUCUGGAUGGGCCAGAUUGAUUCUAGCUUUUCUCUCAUCAUCACUUUGUGGCGUUAGCAAGAGAUGCGAGAAAUAAAUUGUACGCACUGUGUUGACGGCACACAUUAUUAUCUUUUGCUGUUGGCUUUUUCGCCGUUAAAAGAAGAAGAGUAUGUCGUGUAAGGAGAGUCUCAGAAGUCCUCGAGGUGCUCCUGAACUUCCACCAGCGACAACUGAUGGGCGAGAAACGUGGAGCAAAAAAGUCGACUUCUUGCUGUCGGUCAUAGGUUUCGCUGUAGAUCUAGCAAACGUGUGGAGAUUUCCUUAUUUGUGUUAUAAAAAUGGAGGCGGAGCAUUUUUGGUUCCUUAUUGUGUUAUGUUGGUUAUUGGAGGCAUACCACUCUUUUACAUGGAAUUAGCUUUGGGUCAGUUUAACAGAAAAGGAGCCAUUACUUGCUGGGGCAGAAUAUGUCCGUUAUUCAAAGGUAUUGGGUAUGCCGUAGUCUUGAUAGCUUUUUACGUUGAUUUCUAUUACAAUGUUAUAAUUGCUUGGGCUUUAAGAUUUUUCUUUGCCUCCUUUACGAAUUUAUUACCUUGGACAACAUGUGACAAUUCCUGGAACACUCCUAAUUGUAGACCAUUCGAAUUUCCUACCAGAAACUAUUCAGAUUUCAAUCGAACUGAGCUUUUAGAAAUAACAGGACCAACGGAUUCUCGAUUCGCAUCAGCCGCUUCGGAAUACUUCAAUCGAGCUAUCUUAGAGCUCCAUCAAAGUCAAGGUUUACACGAUCUGGGUGCUAUAAAAUGGGAUAUAGCUCUGUGCCUUUUAGCAGUAUACAUUAUAUGUUAUUUUUCUUUGUGGAAGGGCAUAUCAACGUCUGGAAAAGUUGUUUGGUUUACCGCUUUGUUCCCGUACGCAGUUCUAUUAAUUCUUUUAGUAAGAGGAAUAACAUUACCAGGUUCUGCAGAAGGAAUCCAAUAUUAUUUGAGUCCGAAUUUUGAAGCCAUUGGAUCGGCAGAGGUUUGGGUAGAUGCGGCAACACAAGUUUUUUUCUCUUUGGGUCCAGGAUUUGGUGUUCUCUUAGCAUACGCUUCCUAUAACAAAUAUCAUAAUAACGUGUACAAAGACGCACUCUUAACCAGUGUAAUCAAUUCAGCAACAAGUUUUAUAGCAGGAUUUGUCAUUUUUUCGGUGCUAGGGUACAUGGCACACGCAGCCGGAAGGCCAAUUCAAGAAGUGGCAACUGAAGGUCCAGGGUUAGUUUUCAUUGUUUAUCCAGCAGCGAUAGCCACCAUGCCUGGAAGCAUUUUUUGGGCGCUGAUAUUUUUCAUGAUGCUACUAACCUUAGGCUUAGAUAGUUCGUUUGGUGGUUCGGAAGCUAUAAUCACCGCUCUAAGUGACGAAUUUCCAAAAAUAGGAAGAAACAGGGAAAUUUUCGUCGCUUGCUUAUUCACUUUAUAUUUUUUGGUCGGACUGGCAUCGUGCUCUCAAGGUGGAUUUUAUUUUUUUCUACUUCUGGAUCGUUACGCUGCAGGGUAUUCUAUGCUUUUCGCAGUAUUUUUUGAAGCCAUAGCAGUUUCGUGGAUAUACGGGACUCAACGUUUUUGUGAUGACAUCAAAGAUAUGAUCGGUUUCGCGCCAGGAUACUACUGGAGAUUUUGUUGGAAAUUUGCAGCGCCAGUAUUUUUAUUAUUUAUUAUUGUUUACGGUCUAUUAGGGUACGAACCAUUGACUUACGAAAAUUACGUUUAUCCCGGUUGGGCGAAUAUUCUUGGUUGGGUUAUUGCAGGAUCUUCGGUGCUUAUGAUUCCUAUUGUUGGACUGUAUAAAUUCAUCGUCACACCUGGGUCUUUCCUUAUGAGAAUUCGAAUUUUAACGACCCCAUGGCGUGAUACUCAAAGAACUCCUCAAAUAAAUGGAGUUAUUCAAACGGAAAGUCAGCAAGUUCGUUUAUCGGCGCCAGAACUACCAAACCAACCACAGGUUGAAGUGUGAGAUAAGAGAAUUACUAAAUUUAAGGAAUAUUACGUUUAAUUAUUUCUAAUCUAAUUAUUCGGAAAGAUCUUAAUUUUUUCUUUUAUAUUGGUUCCGCUUAAUAGAAAUAAACGGUCUAGUCCUAGAGUAUUUUAUAUCAAAAGUGGUAAAAUUAUGUGUAAUUGUGUUAAUGUUUAGAUUUAAAUAAAUUUGUAAAAAUAUCCCCUAAAUGUUAACAGUAAUAAUGUUUAUACCUAGACCAAUGACCAAUGAAAAACUAGUUGAUCCGAUCAUUACCUAAUUCAUUUCGAUAGAAUAUCAUUAGCACAAUAAUUCUAUUAGUAUUAUUUAUUAUAUAUUCCAAUGUAUAAUAUUGUAUUCUAUGAUCAAAAAGUUGUUUUAUCCAAAGAACAAAAACCGUUUAAUUUAACUUUGUAGACGCCAUUAAAAUCAUCAUCAUCAUCUUGACAUUUAAUUAGGAUAUCCUGUACACAAAGAAAAAUUUCGCAUUUCAAUGUUAUGUUUUUGACGUCAUUGUUUACUCCACCAUUUCAGUCCACUAUUUAAUUUUUGAGUUUUUUUGGGCUUCCUGCUGUAUUUUCUUUUAAGAAAGAAGGUAAAUUUGUAUUCGCUUUGUACCAUUUUUUGUUGCAAAAAAAAUUUUUUUCGAUACAAAAAAGUGAUUCAAAAUAAUUAAAUACAUCUAAUAAAUCUAAAUGUGUCAUAAAAAAAUAAAAUAUAAAGAUACAAAAUCAUAUUUUGUGAUUAUGUGAUAUAAUAAAUAGCACACGCAGUAACUUCUUGUACGUAACCUAUAAAUGCAAAAUGUUUAAUUGAUUGUGUAAUCUUAAACAGUUAGCUGAUUCUCAUUGUGUUUGUUACAAGUUCGAAAGACUUAACGUGAUGGUAUCAGUCCAUGACUCUGUUCCUAACCUGACACUGAAAUUUAUUAUUUCUGAAAUAAUGAAAAUAACUACUUUAUAAUAAAAAUGUUGUCACCACUAGUUUCAGUAAAAAUAUCAAGUUGACGACUCUUUUACAGGCAGAUACAAGAAAAAAAAUUCGAGAUUAGCAUAUUUGUUUGAAAAUUGAGUAAAAGUUGAUGUAAAAUA